AUGGAAUCAUCACAGCAUUUAAUCAUCUACAUCCAUGCUCAGGCCAGUGGAUCCUUCCAGAUAUUUGCGAUGUGCCUGGCUAUUCGGCUGGGAUUCGAACCAGUGUUGACGGAAGAGGGAUUUGUUGUUGGUCGUUUUUCUCAGUUUCCUUUCUGUCGCUAUGAGGACCGCGUUCACUUGCAGCAGCUACUUUGGCUAAAUAUCUACAAUCAGCCUCUUUCCUCCAUUUGUGAUGCCAAUGCGCCGCUCACAUCACGGAGCUGCCUGAGGUUUUCAAGCUCGAGUUUUUUGGAUGCUAUUCGGGCUGCGAGAGGAGAUGAUUGCUGCGAGGAAAGAGGGUUAAUUGAGGACUGGCGAAGGGAAGAAGAAGUCCCCGCGGAGGAAAAUGCCGUUGGCCUGGACAUUGCCUUCCAGCAUUCUAUGAGGAAGCAACGUCAACUGGACUUGUUUGGUGCAACUCGCCAAAUUCAUGAUGAAUCAAACGUCGAAAUCAGUCCAACAUUUUCCAACGACCUCCGACUGCAGAGAAGUCGAAACCAGAACUCCGGGAUAAUAACUAUUUGGCUUAUUUUUAACCGAUUCCCUAACCUGCCUAUAAUUAAUGUCCCAACCAGCUUUGUUCUGUUUCACUCCUCUUUUACCAGUUUUGACUCGACAAUUGACUCUUCACAACCUACAACUAUGGCGAGGUUGAAUGAUCUCCCCGCGGCUGCAGAAUCCGUCGAGUCUUUAAAACGUCGGUUCAUAAGGCAAAAUCGCGAAAUUGCCCGUGCGAACUCUAUACAGUCCCUCCGCAUACGCACUCUGGAAUCCGAAGUCUCUCGCCUCCUUGUGGAAAAUGCGGCCCUCCGUGAAGAAGCCAUUGCUGCGAAUCAAGAACUUGAAAAGUUGAAACAUGAUGGACAAUUGGGCUGUGAAAUCGAUAAUCUGAAAUCGCAAUUGGAUGCAAAGCUGGCUGAAUUUGGAAGCUUGAUUGCAGACUUGGGUUCAUUGCCUCGAAGAAGAGGUUUGCUCUCCAAGCCAAAGCGAAGAUCCAUUGAUGGAGAGUUCCAAAUUUCUCCGGAAACGGCUCGUCGGAGGUCUUUAAUGAAAGCUGCUCGGCAGGUGACGGAUGAGAGCCGACUUCCUGCUAUUAUGGAGGACAAAUUUUACCCUAGAUUAACGCUAGAAAGUGAGGAUUUUGCCGAUCUAGUAGGUAUUGAGGGUGGAGAAAACGAUUCGCCUGGUGUAACUUCCACGCCAAUUCCACAACCAACAAUGUCGAAGACGAUGGAUCCCCCGGCGGAUGAAGAGUCCUCGACAAUUUCCACGGCCAACGAAAACCCAAUUCAACCCUCGCCGUCCAUGUCGAACUUGGGAGCGAGGAGAAGCAAAAGGGAUAGUUCCCUGCUAAACAGUACCCCUCGAAGUAAGGAUGUUGAAACCAAUGAGCAAGAUUUUGUGCCGAUACAUAUUUCAAAAUCCGGAUCAAAGCGCAAACUUAGCGUACGGGAUGAUGAUGACUUGAUGUCCCAACCCUUCAAUCACCAUGAUGAUUUCCAAUACACUCGACUAGCUGGAGCAUCCAACUACACUUCAAGACACACCAGCGUAGAAUUCGAAAAAACACCAACGAAAACCAACGCGAGCAAGCCGGAAAGUCGAAAAGUGGAGAGAACCACUGUUCGUCGUGCUCUAGGGCCAAAAAGCACAAAUAUCACUCAAAGGACCUCUUCUCCUACCAAAAAGAAUUCCGGCACUGGAGAUUGGGAAAAGGAUAUCCCGAAACCUAAUCCUAAACUCCCAAGGAAUAGAAGCCACGAUGCGAUUGACAAAUCGAUUCGGGCGGUACCGUCUACCAUCAAACAGACGAAGCAGGAUGUUGUAGAUAUUAACAUAAUGCCGGAGCAACCUCCCGCCGAGGAAAACAGGGACAUUACCCACAGUCUCCUUGCUGAAGGUGAUACCACUUCUUUUGCAUCUACGAAUCCCUCUGAAACUCGUUUAGAACCAAGAGAUACGUCACCCGUACCGGCGAUUGGGAUGACUCGUCCGCCCCGCCGGUCUCGUGGCUCUAUAAGCUACGCAGAGCCAAAUCUUAGGGAUAAAAUGCGGCGGCCUACUAAGGAGCUUGUAGAUGCUGUUAGUGGUGAUGCUCGCUUCAGGAGAUCUUCGAAGUCUGAUCUCGACUUGGCCAAGGAAAGGUGUGGUGAAGGAAAUAGCCAUGAUUCUUAUGCAUCUUCAAUGGCGUAUAAUGAUUCAUGUGCGAGUUUUCUCGGAGGAAAAGACCGAAAUAUGAUGAUUGACUUGCCGUCCAAUGUCACCGCAAACAGGAAACGCCGGACACUCUCCGCAAAUAAAUUCGACUUCGUAACUACCCCAGAAACGGGUCCGUCGACGUCAAGCGUGGCUAUAUCAACUCUUAUGGCGGGAAGUAAAGGGAGAAGCAAUCGAGAGAGAGAUGUUUCUGAAAGCUCCGUCGAUUAUGAACAAGAUGUUGGUCUUCGGAAUAGUUCGACUCGGACUUCUCGACGGCAUUCCUCCAAUCCCGCUACUAGUGGAACCCACUCAAGGUCACGUAGAAGUCAAAGUUCUACUACUCUCGCAAAAGAAAACGCCGUGGACGCCGAGGCAGUACUGGAAUCGGCAAGGGUCAAGGCGAGUAACAAACGGAGUGACGAUUAUCACCAGUAUGCUUCUUCCUCAUCCACCACCUCCUCUUCCAAUCUACGAUCCAUGAAGGGCGCGUCCGAAUUCGAUCAUGAUGUGUUCCUCGAUGGGCAUGAAGGGGCAUCCGAUGUUAAGAGGGUAGAGCGACUUGCGACAUCGAGGCGGCGGAGUAUGAUGCUGUGA